AGCCAUUGUAUAGAUAUGUGAAAAAUGGACCUCUUUUUUCUCUCUCAACAUGGAGCUCUCUCAUCCCUCCUUUAAUACAUAAGUUCCCCUUUUCACUAACUUUUCAUCCAAACCUCCAUCCCCAGAAAAACUCUGUUGCCCAUCCUUUUCCUGCAAAUUUUUAGUCUGACUACUGCUAGAACUCCACUCUGCAAUUUUUUGUUUUUGAUCAACCCUAGAUGGCAUCCUAGCUAGAAAAAGAAGCCUAUAUAUCCUCUUCCUCGUUCCUAGCAACACUAGAUUAUGCAAAUCAUGAGGCACUCAUGAGAUAAUCAAACAUCUCAACUUCAUUUCACUUCCUUCAAUGUUAUAACUUUUUUCCUCCUUUUUCCUUAAUUAUUUGUAUUCUUGUUUCGACCUCUUUAUUACUCUGUUCACCUUUCCAUUCAUUCUCUCAACAUUUCUUGUUUUUUGAUUAACUCUCCCUCCUGGGUUUUUGAGUUUUGACUGAGAUCUCCUAUUCUUCUCCGCUUGUGAUUUCGUUCUUAAUUAACCUCAAUUACCAAAAUGAGACCCCCUGCUUUCCCCGAUCUUUCCUUGCAGAUUAGCCCACCUUCUAUUUUGGAUUGUAGAACUAAGGAGGUGGGUAAAUCUUUCUACAGUGAUCGGAGCUCGACUACUGAUUCUGGUAGCAGUGGGAGUGAUUUCAGCCAUGAAAAUGGGUUGUUUAGCUCUCAGAGGAGUUAUGGCAAUCUGGGUCAGGCGGAGCCAAUGUUGAGGCUAGGGUUUGAAAUGGCAGAUUUGGGUCCUCAACAGCUGCGGAGAAACAUUAAUAAUCAGCAUCAUCAAUACUGGCCUCAAAUCUCUGGGCGCGAGUUCAAGAGAAAUGCAAGAGUGAUUACUGGAGUGAAGAGAAACAUUAGAGCUCCUAGAAUGAGAUGGACUUCCACUCUUCAUGCUCGUUUUGUUCAUGCAGUCCAGCUUCUUGGCGGUCAUGAAAGAGCAACACCAAAAUCCGUCUUAGAGCUGAUGAAUGUCAAGGAUCUAACCCUAGCUCACGUGAAGAGUCACUUGCAGAUGUACAGAACAGUGAAAAGCACUGACAAAGGAUCAGGUCAAGGGCAGACAGAUUUAGGUUUGAACCAAAGGACUGAGAUGAUUGUUGAUUUGUUGGAUGGAGGACUGUCUAAUGGAAAAGCUGAUACCAACCCUUCUUAUUCUCUCAAACCAUUAUUACUACAAAAUGUCCAAAGAAGCUCAUGGUUACCAUUGUCAAGAGAGACCAUGGAUAGGAAAAUAUCUGGCCCUGGAAACAGCUUGAAAAUCAUUCCUAAUAAUACUAAGGUGGAUGAACACCCGCUGGCGGCCCUUAGUCUGUCUAGUAACGCAGAGGAUAGUUUGGAUUCUAGCUCCUUGUCACCUUCAAACACGUUCCUUAACCUAGAGUUCACCCUUGGAAGGCCAAGUUGGCAAAUGGACUCUGCUGAAUCUUCAAAAGAUUUAGCCCUUUUCAAGUGUUAGACAUUAUUUAUAGUAAUAGUUAAUUAACGAAUUAGACAUGUUUUUCUUUCUUUAUUUAAUUUGUGAAUUAGGAAAACAAAUCUAAUGUUUUUCUUUCUUUAUUUAAUUUGUGAAUUAGGAAAACAAAUCUAACUUGCAUGAAUUAAUUACUUGUUCCAUA